AUGAAGUUCACUCUCGUCCUUGCUACCUUUGCCGCCGUCGUCUACGGUCAAACCAUCGAUGACAUUCCCGCAUGUGCUCGUACUUGCAUCGAAAACGCUGUUUUAGCCGCUGGUUGCUCGUCCGGAACUGACGUCGCAUGCGCUUGCGCAAAUUUCAGUGCUGUUCAGAAUGGCUCUACUAGCUGUGUCAUUGCUGCUUGUGGCGUUGAUGUCGCCAUUAACCAAGUUCUGCCUGCCACCCAGGCUCUUUGUGCCAACCAGUGA